GACACAGCGGUCGGCACCAAAGGUGCCGCCUUUUCUGGUGGCCAAAAGCAGAUACUUGCUAUUGCUAGAGCGUUGAUUAGGAACCCAAGAGUUCCGCUACUGGAUCAAGCGGCUUCCAAUCUUGAUUCGGAGACGGAAAGGUCGGUGCAAGCUGUUUUCGAGAGGACCGGGAGGGGUAGGGCGAUGCUUGUCGUUGCGCAUAGGCUAGCUACGGUACAGAAUGCUGAUGUCAUCUUCGUCACCGGUGAUAGAAAAGUAUUUGAGACAGGAAAUCUGUUACGG